AUGGAAGAAAUGAAGCUGUGGUACUUGCAUGGCCUCAUUGAACGAAAACCAAAUCAGAACACCAGUUUGGAGACGUUCGUGGCAACAAUUAGGAGUAUGGAACAAUUUUGUCGUGAUUGCUACGACGAAAAAUUUGAUAAUCUGAGCAGUGAUAGAUUUGUAGAAAUGAUGGUGGUUGAUGGUUGCUUUAUUAUUGAACUUUUCCGCAGACCCCGUUUGAGGUACUCGGACCACGAUCCAAUUUUUAAAACGCCAUGGAUGUUGUCGACAAUUAGAGAUGACUUGUUGCUACUUGAAAACCAACUUCCUUGGAAAGUUGCUGCCUCUUUAUUUGACCUCACAAAUGAAGAAAAUGAACAUCUUCGGUACCUUGCUGCGUGGUUCUCUGUAAACGUAUUCGGCAUCUCAGUGUCAGUGACAGACAUAUCGAGUGAAAGCAUAUCGAGUGAAAGACAUUUCCUCGACAUCGCAAGAGGUUCUGCCCUUGGACUACCGUCCAGGGAGGAUCGUUUUUAUUUUUAUCACCCGAUUCCUUCAGUGACAGAGCUUCUGGAAAUCGGAGUGGAUUUUGAACGUACUCUGAACUUCACGAAACCUGAUCUGCUUGACAUUACCUUCGAAAAUGGGUUGAUGAGAAUCCCUCCACUGUGUAUUGGAGAGAAUGGAGAACGUUUCGUAAGAAACCUCAUAGCCUAUGAAUUGUGUGCCCCACAUCACGUAAAUUAUUACGCUACCUCUUAUGCAAAGUUGUUCAGUUGCCUUAUUAAGUCUACCAAAGAUGCCGAAUUUCUGAUGGCGAAAGGAAUUAUAGAAACGCAGUUGAGCAAGGAGGACAUAGCCUGUUUCUUCACUAGGGUUUGCAAGGACAUUGAAAUUGAAGGCGGCUUGCUAUACUUCCAUGGCCUCACCUUCUCUGUGAGCAUGUAUUGUGAGCGUCGCUGGCUAAGGAGUUGGCUCACAAUGAUCAAACGAGAUUAUUUAUACAAUCCAUCAUCAAUCUGGUCUGUUUCCAGUGGGGUCGUCGUUAUUCUCAUUCUUACCAUCACACAGACAAUUUAUACUGUUCUCUCCUACUACAAGUAA